AAGCUGAGCAAGAGCGACAAGCUGGGCGUGGUGGACCACAGCACCGUCAGCUACCCGCCCUUCCGCCGCAGCUUCUACACCGAGACCGGCGCCCUGGCCAGGAUGACCGAGGAGGAGGUGGCAGCCUACCGCAAGGAGCUCGAAGACAUCAAGGUCCGCGGCAAAGACAUACCCACGCCGGUGAAGAACUGGAACCAGUGUGGCCUGAGCAGCCGCGUGCUUGACGUCCUACAGAAGGGCGGCUUUGCGCGGCCAAUGCCUAUUCAGGCGCAGGCGCUGCCGGCCAUCAUGAGCGGUCGCGACUGCAUCGGCAUCGCCAAGACCGGCUCUGGCAAGACGCUCGCCUUCGUGCUGCCCAUGCUGCGCCACAUCAAGGACCAGCCGCCGCUGGCGCAGGGAGACGGGCCGAUAUCGCUGGUAAUGGCGCCCACGCGCGAGCUGGUGGUGCAGAUCGGCAAGGACAUCCGCCGCUUCUCCAAGGCCCUCGCCCUCUCCGUCGUCUGCGCCUAUGGGGGCUCCGCCGUCGCCGGCCAGAUUGCCGACCUCAAGCGCGGCGCCGAGGUGGUGGUGUGCACACCCGGGCGCAUGAUUGAUCUGCUGGCAACCAGCGGCGGCAAGAUCACAAAUUUGCGCCGCGUGACGUACCUGGUCAUGGACGAGGCGGACCGCAUGUUUGACAUGGGCUUUGAGCCGCAGAUCAUGCGCAUCGUCCACAACAUCCGCCCCGACCGCCAGACCGUCAUGUUCUCCGCCACCUUCCCCCGCGCGGUGGAGGUGCUGGCGAAGCAGGUGCUGGAGAGCCCGAUAGAGAUCCAGGUGGGCGGCCGCAGCGUGGUCAACUCGGACAUCAGCCAAUCGGUGGAGAUCCGGCCCGAGGAGGACCGCUUCCUGCGCCUGCUGGAGAUCCUGGGGGAGUGGUACGAGCGCGGCAAGAUCCUCAUCUUCGUCUCCAGCCAGGACCAGUGCGACAACCUCUUCCGAGACCUCAUCAAGGUGGGCUACCCGUGCCUGUCGCUGCACGGCGGCAAGGACCAGAGCGACCGUGAAUCCACCAUCAAUGACUUCAAGUCGGACGUGUGCAACCUGCUGGUGGCCACCGGCGUGGCCGCGCGCGGAUUGGACGUCAAGGAACUAGUGCUGGUGGUCAACUAUGACACCCCCAACCACCAUGAGGAAUACGUGCACCGCGUCGGCCGCACCGGCCGCGCGGGCAACAAGGGCACGGCGAUAACGUUUAUAGCGCCCGACGAUGAGAAGUACGCGCCCGACCUGGUCAAGGCGCUGCGCGAGUCGGGCGCGCCGGUGCCCAAGGACCUGCAGGCGCUCGCCGACUCCUUCGCGCUCAAGCGCAAGGCCGGCACGGUGCAGGCGCACGGCAGCGGCUACGGCGGCUCGGGCUUCAAGUUCGACAACGAGGAAGAAGAAGAGCGCAAGGCCCUGCGCAAGGUGGCCAAGGAGGCGGGCAUGUCGAGCGAUGAGGAGGAAGCGGACGAGAGCGAGGUGCGCAAGGUCAUGCCCGGGGAGGCCGCCGCGGCCGCCCUCGCCGCCGCCAACGCAACCGCCAAUGCACUCAACACUGCGGUGCGCACAGUCCCUGCUCGAUGUGCACCGAAGGUUGCUGAAUGUAUUCGUGUGUGUGUGCAGCAUGGCAUGCCGGUCACGCCGAUGCAGCAGAUGCCGGCGUACCCUCAGGCGCCCAGCAUGUGGGCCGCACCGGGCAGCCAGCUGCCGGCCGGGCCCCACUUCGAGGCAGAGCUGGAGAUCAACGAGUUCCCCCAGCACGCUCGCUGGAAGGUGACGCACCGCGACACGAUAGCGCAGCUGAACGAGUUGACGGGCGCGGCGGUGACGACCAAGGGCUUCUACGUGGCGCCCAACCAGCAGCCGCCGGAGGGCGAGCGCAAGCUCUACCUGCUCAUCGAGGGCCCCACCGAGGCCAAGGUCCGCGAGGCAAAGGCCGAGAUCAAACGCAUCCUCGAGGAGUUCACCGAGAAGGCCAUGCGCCGCGACGCCGCCCCCCAGCCGGGGAGAUACACCGUCACCUGACCGGGGAAAUGAUGCGAUUCCCGACCCCAUCCCACGGCGUCUGCUCUUUCGCAUGGAGGAGCUAUACGUACCUUUGCGGAGCUUCCUGGAGCUUCUCUUGGAUGGCACGCGGCGGAGCAUUGUGCGGCAGCAGCUGCGAAGCUUCAGAGGAGGCCAGAUGCGACGGAGGGCGGAGAUUUGGAGGGGAUAUGUCCUCCGGAAACCAUGCAUGCAGUUUUGCCCUGUCGCGCCCUGCAGUCGUUGCCCCCCUGCUAGAUUGGGAGCAGGGCUGACUGGGUGGAGGUGUGUGCCUCACAGGAGGGCUGCCCCUGGCACCUGCCGUCCGCGAACUGCAGGGGACUUGACCACACCCCCUCCGGGCGAAUGCCCGGCCACCCAAGCGCCCAUGCAGUAUGUGGCUUGCUUUUGGUAUGCCUUUGCAUGUCCACAGCCUCUGCAAAUCUGGCAGCCUGACCGUCCCACUAUUGUGCUCAUGUUCUCAUCAAGAGCAGCAGGCUCUGGGAUGGUAAAGGUCGCUUUUGGGGCUCUGUGAUUGCACAUGCGGCAGGGAAAUAACUGCCCGGGGAGCAGAACCUGCAGCAACUGCACCGCUGCCGCGCAAGCUCGGCAUCGCUCAUUUCACAAAAGGAGAGGCCGGCCCUUACCCAUGCUGCCUGUCCCAACAGCAUGAAGGGAGGCUUUACCACCGGCCGUCCCAAGGUCCUUGCAGCCUCCAUUCUUGCGAGGCUGGACAGCUUGAUGAAGGGGCCUUUGCACCGGAUCACAGCCGGCUGAAACGCAGUUUUUGAAGGGACGUCCAAAAUUGUGAGCAUGGGAAACGAUUGCGAUGUAGAUAAGGACCCGGAUCUAUUGUGGCGGUUGAUGCCAACUUAUUUGUGGACAUUCAGAAUGCUUGCUUUCUUGCUUGCUGCUUGCGCAAGUGUGCGCCAGGCUAUAAUGGGUGAACUCAUUAUGUUUGUGCCCGGUAAUAUAUAUUUCUGCAGUUC